ACCUAAAAACGUCAAGGGCUAAGCUGAGCUAGGUUGGGCUGAGCAAGCAAAUAAAUAAAAAUAAAGAAAUAAGACGAGGGCCAACCCUGUCUUCAGAUUGCAUUUUGUGGCCUAAACCCUAGUUUUUUAAAGCCAGUACGAUCUCGUCAAGCGAGGCCACCUAGCCCAUCGCGACGCCAAUCAACAAUUCCUUUUCCAAGUCACACUGAAUUUUGGACAUUUUGGGUAAGGGAGCAACCAUUCCGGUGCAUCAUUGCCAUUAAGUAAAAAUUCAGGGGCAAGAGCUGGCUCCCGAGGUUUAUAAAUACUCCUUGGAGCAACGGUCUAUAAGCCCAUGCAAGCAAGCAACGGUGGAAGGUAAAAUGACGUCUCUUGCCCUCUGCCUCCUCUUGCUUGUUGCCCUCAUUGCCCCAUCCUCCGAGUAUGGUGCCACCCAAGGCAGUCUUCACCCUCAAGAAUGCUCUCCAAGGUGCACAGUAAGGUGCUCUGCAACAGCUUACACGAAGUCAUGCAUGUUCUUGUGCCAAAAGUGUUGUGCCACGUGCCUGUGCGUGCCUCCCGGGACCUAUGGCAACAAGCAGUUUUGCCCUUGCUACAAUAACUGGAAGACCAAGAGAGGAUGCCCCAAAUGCCCUUGAUUUCAAUGCCGUCUUCUCUUUCCAAAUUAAUUGCCUUUGUGUACCAUUACAAUUCUCUGAUAUUUCCAUGUUAUGGUAGUGUGUGAUCAGUGUAAAUUCCAUCUUUUAGUAUUUUCUGAGUUUAAUGUCUUCACUUUCCAGUGCUUGGAACUUCAAUAAUACCGAUGAACUACUUAGGAAA